AUGGCAACUGCAGCACCUGAGUCAGCAUUCAGGAUUGUGCUGUUGGGAAACAGUGAACCUCCAAAGACAUCACUUGGCUCCUUCAUCCUUGGUAACAAAGACUUUGAUUUCCAAGAACGUACCCCAAUCAAACACUGUGUAGCAAUCUGUGGGCAGUGGGGAGGAAAAUCUUUAACAGUAGUAAAAACUCCAGACCUGUUCAGUCUGUCUGUGGAAGCUGUCAGAGAAGAAUUAAGAGGCUGUGUGAGCCUUUGUUCUCCUGGACCAAAUGUUCUGCUGCUGCUUGUGAGUCCCUCUGAAUUAACAACAAAGAACGGACAAAAACUAAAGUCCAUCCUGAGUUUCUUUGGUCGAGAUGCCCUUAAACACUCAAUGGUCAUCUUGGCAGAUGAGGAACAUGAAGCAAAUUUCACAGUUGGACGUCUCAUUAGAGACUGUGGAGGAAGAUGCUACAUCAUGUAUAAAGAUGGACGAAAACCUUUAAUGGAGCAAAUUGAGCAAAUUGUGCAAGAAAACAACGGACAUUUUCUUACUUUCUCGGAAACGAUCAUCAUCAUGAAACCAGCUUUAAACAUGGUUCUGUGUGGGAGGAGCGGAGCAGAGAAGACCUCAGCAGCCAAGGCCAUUUUAGGUCAGACAGAGCUUCAUUCAGUCUCCAGCUCAGAGUGUGUUAAACAUCAGGGAGAGGUGUGUGGACGUCGGGUUUCCCUGGUGGAGCUGCCUGCAUUGAAUGGAAAACCUCAGGAGGAAGUGAUGGAGGAAUCAUUCAGGUGUAUCUCUCUCUGUGAUCCUGAGGGCGUCCAUGCCUUCUUCCUGGUCCUUCCUUUGGAUCCCCUCACUGAUGAAGACAAGAAAGAGUUGAAGACCAUCCAGAACACUUUCAGCUCUCGAGUCAAUGACUUCACCAUGAUUCUGUUCACUGUGGAGUCAGAUCCUACACCUCCAGAUGUUGUCAAUAACAAAGACAUCCAGGAGUUCCUUCAGAGCUGUGGAGGAAAAUAUGUUGUCCUCAACAUCAGGGACCAGCAGCAGAUCCCAGAGCUGUUGGAUGCUGUGGAGAAAACAUCCUGCUAUACAACAGCAACAUAUGCACAUGCCCAAAUCGAAAAGAUCAUAGAACAGGAGAAAUACAAGCAGAGCCCAGAGUGUCUCAGGAUUGUGCUGCUAGGGAAGACCGGCUGUGGGAAGAGUUCUUCAGGAAACACCAUUCUAGGAAGAGAGGAGUUUAAAGCUGAAUCAAGUCAAAGAUCAGUCACCAAGUUUUGUCAGAAAGCACAGGGUGAAGUGGACGGUCGUCCUGUCGUUGUGGUCGACACUCCUGGUAUGUUUGACACAACUUUGUCUCAUCAAGAGAUUCAUGAGGAGAUGGUGAGGUGCAUCAGUCUUCUGGCUCCAGGACCACAUGUCUUCCUGUUGGUGUUACACAUUGGCAGACUCACAUCAGAGGAGAAGAAGACAAUAAAACGGAUCAAGGAAGGAUUUGGGAAAAAUGCUGAGAAGUUCACCAUCAUUCUUUUCACUGGAGGAGACAAACUAAAGCUUGACAAAAUGUCCAAUGAAGAUUACAUUAAAGAAAAAUGUGAUGAUUCCUUUAAGAGUCUGAUUUCUGACUGUGGAGGAAGAUACCAUGUGUUCAAUAACUAUGAUGAACACAACAAGAAACAAGUCAGUGAGCUGAUGACAAAGAUCGACACCAUGGUGAAGGAAAAUGGAGGCAGCUGCCACACCAAUGAGAUGCUGCAAGAGGCCGAGGCAGCGAUACAGAAAGAAAUGAAGAAGAUCCUGAAGGAGAAGGAAGAAGAGAUGCAGAGAGAGAUGGAGGAACUUCAGAGAAAACAUGAGGAAGAAAUACAAGAGAUGAAAAGAACAAUGGAAGAAAUUGUAAAGGAGACAAAACUGAUGGAAAAACAACUUGAAGAACAAAAGAACUGGGAGGUGUGCCACCGGGAACGCCCCGCCUCUCGCAAAUUCUAA